AUGUUUUAACUGAACACAACUUAAGGAGAACAGUAAUGAGAAAGCCUGGGAAAGGGGAACAACUAGGUAUAACAACAUUACCUGAAAGACAGCUAUUAAAAUAACUCACAAGUGUUCAAGUCAUCUGGGUUUAUUUUGACUCACAGUACCUUCAUGAACAGUUCACUGAAGUCAGUCACAGCAACAUUUGACAGGUUUUCACUAACUGGCACACAAAUAACACCCAGGCUUGGAAUGGAUGAGGCAGAAAAGUAUCAGCAGAGGCUGCAGGCCAUUGCAGAGAAGAGGCGAAUGCAAGAAGAGGAGGAGAAAGUCAGGAGGGAGAUGGAGGAAGAGCGGUUGAAACUUGCUCAAGACAAGAGGAAGUCUCGGAGAGAGCAGUGGCUGAUGGAAGCGACCCCCAGCAGUGCUGAGGAUCCUAAACUGCAGUCUGUGGUUUCCACUCCUCAGACAACAGAGCAGCGUGCGGAAGAAAUACAAAGCUCAGAGAGACAGAUGAAAACAGACGUGGAAAAAAGUGAGACCAUGAAUGAAGAAUCUUCACAGAUUGGGGAGAAUGAGCCUUCAGUCCAUUCCACAGACAACACAGAGAAGCCUGCGCAGGAAUACCUGGGAGAGGAGGAGAGAAAUGUGCUUGGGGUGUUGGAGGUGGAGGUGGAAGUGGAGGGAAACCUGCUUUCAAAAGCAGCACAGGAGGAUACCGAGGAAAAGAGAAAUGCAAAGACAGAAGAGCAAGAGGUUGCUCAAUUAGCAAUGGAUCUACCCCACCAUUUAUUACAGCAUAAUAAGACACCAGAUGAGGCCCUUAAUUCUUUAGCUGAUCGAAAAAUGGAGCUAAUUAUGGCAGAAGAUGAUGCUGAGGUAGAGGAGGAAGAAUGGGAGAUGGUGAAUUGUAGUCCAGAAGAAGGCCUGGACAUGGUGCUGACAUGUGACUUAACACAGGCUCAGACAGAUUCAAGCUUGGGUCAUAAAGGUGAUGGAGCUGUUCUGAAGGUGGAGCAGGUCUUCAUCAUGGACGAAGAAGAGGAUCUAGAGAUUGGUGCAUCUGAGGUGCUGAGCCUUGUUGUGGCUGAGAAGUCGUCUGAUCUUCAAGACACAUCCUGUGAAUUUCAGUCAGAAAGAAGCCAAGAGGAAAGACCUCCUGAGGGUGCAUUACAAACUCCUUGUUUUGGAAAAGGGGCACUUGUAGGUACAUCUGCCCCUUUGCAGGAGCUGAGUAAUGUGUCAGGUAUAAUUUCUGAGGAGUCUCCAGAAUGUAAACAGCCUCUGCUACACCUUCCAGUACAUACCUCACAGGCUGUAAAAGAAAUUCUUGGAGAUAAUACAGAAUACAAAGGGGACCAAGGUAUAUCUGCAAGCAGGAUUGUAAAAAUGGAAUGGAAGGAGACAUCAGGUCCUGAAGAUGAAGUGUUUCAAUAUAUCCCAUUAGAUAGAAAAAGAGAGAAAUCUCCACCCGUGUUGCAGAGGGAAAUGGUUGCACAAAGCAUUGAGCAAGAGUCAGAAAUACAAACACUGAUGCCUCCUAGUGCAACUCCAAAUAGAGCAGAAACAGUCACCUCGACAAAAAGAAAGACUUGCCACUGUUGCACUGUCAUGUAAGCAAGCAUUCAAACAGAAAGCUCAUGUUUUCUCUUUCGUUCUCUCUUUUAUUAGAUUUCCUGUCUUAGAUUCUCUAUUUCAUUGUUCACUCUGAAUUGUAGUAUAUGAGUACAGUUUUCUUCCAUCUGCAUUAAUAGAUAUAAAGUGUUGGGAGGCAAAUAUCACAAAUAUCUGAGUAACCCUUAUCAGUUAUCAUUGUUGCCCCCUGCUGGACAGAUUUUUUGUAAUGAAAGAUGAUUUAUAAAGGAGACAAAUAGGAUUAUCCUGCCUCGUGCCCAUUGUUCCUGGAAUAGGCUCUGGAUCCACCGUGAUCCUGACCAGGAUAAAGUGGUUACUGAAGAUGAAUGAAUGACAAAUAGGGUUGUGUUGCCUAAUUGAUUUUAUGUCAUAUCCUGUCAUUUCUAUUUUAAAUGAAGUUACUGAUAUUUGUAUGAACAUAUAUAAAUAUCAUAUAUACUUGAUUUAUCAUGUGUGGUAUAAAAAUAUAUUUGAUUUGUUAGGCUGAAGUGGAGUAUGACGAAGCACAUUUAUGCCUAAUCCUAAAACAAUGUGUGUUAGCAAACAAGUACUAGUAUUAUGCAACAAACAUUAUGCAAUGUGACAUGAGAUAUAAAGAUUAUGUGCAAAGUUGCCUUGAUUAUAUUAUUGCCUGAAUGUUAAACUCUGAAGAUAAUAAAUAAUUAUAGUGUUUAA